AUGCCAGCUCUACAGAUCCCGUCGCAGUUCCAGCAGUCGUAUCAGGACUCGAAUCGAUACCCCGAGAACUUGCCAUCUGGUAGCACAGACACCUACACCAGUGAUUUGCAGAUAUACAAGCGGCUGUUAGACAAUGCCGAAGUGGAUCUGUUCAUCGACUUUGCACAUGAGCUGAAAAUUGAAGUAUCAUUUCGGGACCUACACUGUUCUUCGACAAUUGAGCUGGAAAAGGUCAAUGCUCACGAUGCGGCCAAAGCAACAAGUUUCCUGGGAAUACACACCGGACCUGAUCCGAGUAAUCCCUCGAUGUCGACAAUGACUGCACAAAGAAGAGACCCAGGGUCCCGCUUCAUAUACAUCAAGGGCAAGCACUCUAGAGCCCAUCUGAACAUCACUCGCCAGCUUAUGUGCCAGAUUUUCUCCUAUCAUCAAGUCAUGCCCGUUUAUCUCGACUUCAUUUUUGUUUUUGGCGCCCAGAACGAGCCCAGGGAUCGAAGAUUCAGCGGCUUUCGCCAACAAAGCUUUCUGUCCGAUCCACCCCGUGGAUUGGCAAUCCCGAGCCUUGGACGAAGUGGUCGGCUGUACCAGCUAUGCUACAACCUGAAGACGAUAGCUUUGAAGUCUGAAGACCCCAAAGACAUCAGUCUGGGGGAGUGGUCAAUCCAACCUGCUGCAAUACAUCAUCAGUUCGACAUCGUCUACGGCACCACGCUUUGGAUCGUCACAAAGGGCAGCGACGACUUGCUCGACCGCUACAAAUCAUUGACAGGCAAGGAAGGCAGGCCAGAGAACAAGGCAUUCAACACACUACAAGAGAGCUUCCGGUCGAGCCUUGCUCCUCAUCUGCUGUUCUGCCACUGGUCGACGGUGAACUGGCGAUGGCAUAUUCUUUGGCUCGAAUCCGUGGUAGAAAAGGAGACUUCUAUGGCAGUCCUUGGUCUUCGUGGAGUGCGCCGUGCGCAGUACAACUAUACCCUCGGAAAUCUCCAAAACGUUCAGGGGCGAGAGGACCAGAUCAAUGAGGCCAUAAUGGUUUUGGAGGCCAACGUGGACGUCAUGCAGUCUCUGUGCAAAUUCUACGAAUCCCUGAUGACGAAGAAGGAGAUCCCUCAGACGUUGAAAGACGAAUGUGACGCCGACAUAGCCACUUUCAUCGCACAGAUCAACGACAUGAUCUCGAACUUGAAGCUGCAGAUUGUACGCGCAAAUCUACUGGUUAAGAUCACCAAAGACCGGAAAGAACUGAUCACCCAGCUGUUACAAAGCCAAGCAACUGAGCGUAUGGAGGAAUUGAAUUUGAACAUGGAAGGUGAAGCCAUUGUUAUGCGAAUCAUCACCAUUGUCACCCUGGUGUAUCUUCCCGCGACAUUUGUUUCGACCUUCUUCGGCACUGACAUUGUCAAGUAUCAAGACCAGGCGGGAGGACCACCUACGAAUGGCGUCUUCUCCGAGGUGGCGCUGUACAGAUGGUUACAAGUGACCUUGCCCUUGACUUUCUUUACAUUGGUUGGGGCAAUCUGGGCCCUUAGGAUUACCGAGAACAAGAGACGGAGACGGGAUGGUCGAAGUCAAGAGCAACAGCCAAAGAAUAUCAAUCGUUCUAUCGCGAUUUCAAACUUUGGCACGCCGUUUCCGCAUACCAGCAUUGCCAGUAGCGUGGUCUGA